AAUAUUUAAAAAGGUAAAGAUAAAAGCAUAAGAGAAUAUCGUAAAAGAAAAGAAAAACUGAUGAGAAGAGGAAAAUAAAAUAAAAAACCUUCCAUCACCCUCCUCCUUUGAUCUCUAUCUCUAUCUCCCUGAUUAAACUCUGGAUAAUCAGGGGGUUUCUGCAGCUAUGCUGACUUGUUUAGACAUGGAGCAGCAUUCUCAAACUUUUGGCCUCCCUCCUCCACAUAUCUCUGUUCCUAGUUUCGAACCUUAUGACAACAACAACUCAAUGUUACACGGGCUUCAACAGUCCCAUCAUCAUCAACGUCCUUCCAAUUUUGGUCCUGCCAUGUCAACCCCACCACAUUUCCAUCUCCCUUAUGCGCCUUUUCAUGCUCCACCGUUUGCUCCUGGAGGUACUUCCACUGAAAAUGAGAGGGAUGCACGUGUUAUGGGUCAGGGAUACAAAAGAAAGAGCACUCAAGUAAUGCCCGGAAAUUUUCAGUAUCAAAGCACUGCAGAAGCACCUUUCCCAUUCCCACACUAUGGCCCACAACCAGUAGAUGAGAGGAGUGUGAGGAACAGAGCAGGAGCAGCUACAAUGGAUCCGCCUCUCUCCCAUGUUCAUAGCAAUUUCGUGCAAGGAAGCUAUCUAGCUCCUCCUGGCUCAGUCUGGUAUGACCAACAUUGUAAUGGAAACACAUCUGAUGGAUCCUCUUCUUCGCUUUGGCCCCAACCACCCUCUGUACCUUAUAUGCAUGGUCACGGUGUUACUGGCUCCAUAAACUCUGGUAAUGUCUGCUUUCCGAGAUACCAUGAAACAUCUAGUAGCAGAAACCAAACACCAUUUGUAUACCCUAGACACAACCAUUUUAGCCAUCAUCCGGCACCUCCUCCCACCUUAUUCCCUCACUUGGCUUCAGUCUCAUACACUGUUCCCAUGAAUAUUCAUGAUGCUUCCUACAGUCAUGUGGGACCAGUUCAAUCAACUGGGUUUAGUAUAAACCCGCAACGUCCCCUAGAUGAUUUUGUACCUGCAGCGACUCUUAGAAACCAUGGACUGCCUCGCUUUAGAGCAUUUCCCACAGAUGAAGUUGCAGUGUUCAGAGAAGGAGGCUUCUACAGUGCUGUUGAUUAUGUUGAUCAUCAUCAAGACAUGCGCUUGGACAUAGAGGACAUGUCAUAUGAGGAGCUUCUUGCUUUGAGCGACCAUAUUGGCACUGUGAAGACUGGCUUAUCAGAAGAAGAUGUGGAAGCUCUUCUGAAAAGAAGAACGUCCUUAUCGACCAGAAUCAACCUGGAAGAUGCUACAUCUACCGAUCUAGAAACAGAUUCUUGCACUAUAUGCCAGGAAAACUACAAGAACCAAGAUCAGAUCGCAACGCUGGAUUGCAGACACGAGUAUCAUGCAGAAUGUUUGAAGAAGUGGUUGGUUAUCAAGAACAUUUGCCCAGUGUGUAAAUCAGAGGCACUUGGUCAUGGAAAAGAAGAAGGAACGAUAAAAAGUUUAUAGGAGGAGAGGUUUCUGCUGGUUCAACCCAAUAGACGUUAUGGUUUUUUCAACAAUGCUUAUGAAUAUUGGUUUUGUAAGAGUAACAGAGUCAGGCUAAGUUUCAGCCCCCAAGUUCUGUAAAUUUAAAACUUUUGGGCACAUAAUUUGUAUAACAGUCUAAAGCUGAGAUUGGCUUAGCGACUAUGAAAACUGUAUAGCCUUCUUUGGUUCUUUGUACAUUUGGUUGCUCCUCAGAAGUUUAUUUAAUCUUCUUCACCUCUA